CAAGGACAGACCCGUACGCGGAGCCACGAAGACGAUUAGCUGCAUACGUAUCUACGGUCAUAUUAAAUAUUUCAUACAAAAUGAGACCAAUCCUCCUCCAGGGUCAUGAACGAUCCUUGACCCAGAUCAAAUUCUCGCGGGACGGCGAUUUGCUUUUCUCGGUAGCUAAGGAUAAGAACAUCUGUGUCUGGUACUAUGCGAACGGCGAGCGACUAGGCACCUACUCCGGCCAUCAGGGUGCGCUAUGGACCAUUGACCCAAGCCCCAACACUGUACUGCUCGCCUCGGGAGCGGCAGAUAACACCGUUAAGCUAUGGAACAUCAAGACCGGCGAGUGCGUUAAGACAUGGGACUUUCCUACGGCCGUGAAGCGGGUUGAGUUUUCUGCCGAUGGAUCGAAGCUGUUGGCGGUUACCGAGAAGCGAAUGGGCUACCUGGGCACCAUCGUUGUUUUUGAUAUUGCAUACGGAGACGGUGAGGGGAACAACCUGCACGAGCAGGCCGACGAACCCGUCUUGAAAAUCACUUGCGAGGAGAGCAAGGCCACCGUUGCUGGCUGGAGUUACCUGGCGAAAUACAUUAUUGCUGGACACGAGGACGGAAGCAUCAGCCAAUACGACGCAAAGACUGGCGAUCAGCUAGAAAACGUCCAGGCACACGAGCUCGACUGCAAGAUCACUGAUCUCCAGUUCUCCGCUGACAGGACCUAUUUCAUCACCGCCUGCUCUGACAAAUCGGCCAAGAUCCUCUCAUCAAGCACCCUCGAAAUCCUCAAGACCUACACUGCCGAUACCCCUCUCAACACAGCAGCCAUAACAGCAAAGAAGGACUUCGUCGUUCUUGGUGGUGGCCAGGCUGCCAUGGACGUGACCACCACCUCCGCCAGACAAGGAAAGUUCGAGGCCCGAUUCUACCACAAAAUAUUCGAGGACGAGAUCGGUCGUGUCAGGGGCCACUUCGGUCCCCUGAACACGAUCGCCGUCCACCCUGCUGGCGUUGGCUAUGCGUCUGGCGGAGAAGACGGAUACGUCCGUGUUCAUCAUUUUGACAAGUCCUAUUUCGAUUUUAUGUAUGAGGUUGAAAGGGAGCAGUUGAGGAAGUGAUUGUUGUUUUCUAUCUGUUUUUUUAUCCGCCCCCCCCUCCUCCCUUCCCUUUCGCUCAAAGAUCUGUUAUUCGGUUGGGUUGUUUAAUGCCUCUUGAUGAUAAUUAUAUUCUUUUUUUUUUUUUUUCUCCUUUCUUCCCUCUCCAUGUUUCCCCCUUUUCUUUGAUCUCGUUCCAAAAUCCUGCAGCUGCAUUGCAUGAGUUCGUCUUUACCACGGUGUUGUGUUCAUUGUCCCUGUUUUAUCUUGACAAAACAAGAAGCGAGAAGCAGAGAGAAAAAAGAAACGGAAUAAAAGAGUAGGAGGAGUAGGCGGUUCUAGAAGGGAUGAUGGGAUGGUCUUCUGGUCUCCUGGUAUGCUGAUUGCCGUGUCCUUUGCUCCUUUUUCUGCUGUUUUGUGCCUUGUUGGAAGCUGGUUCUGGUACUUACUUACGAGACUUGAGGGCCCUUGCAGGCUGGCGAGCUGGAUAGAGAAAUGCAAAGAGCAAAUGAUUCAUGACCAGACAUAAAAAGACUGCAAGUAUCCAUCCCUAUCCUUAAAUCUCAACUCUUCUUCUUUUCUCAUCGUUUUUCUCUCCCCAUCGUCAUCGUCUCCCUCUCUGAUACCACUGAUACCCAACCCGCCGUUUCGAACCGCCCGCCCUAACG